CUCCUUCACGUCCACAUGGAAGUGAAGGUAUCAUAUAAUAACUUUUAAUUACUCUGUUAUAUAUAAUCAGAUAUUUUAUAAGCUCUGUCAAGAUCUGGUGGUAUUUUGUCUGGUAGGUAGUAAUUUGUCAAGACAUUGUAUAAAUGUCAAGAUAUGGUAGCUGGUAGCAUUUUUCAGAUUGUGGGUUAGAGUCAAUUAUUGUAGGUAGAAGCAUGAUCUUAGGGAUGUGCUCUUGACCUUGUGUGUAUUGUGUAUUUAUAGUUGAUGUAAUCUAUCAUUUUAGAUAUGAAGUAAAAUACACUUGCAUCAUUCUUAACAUGGUAUCAAAGUCAGGCCCACCCAUUCAUCCUGAUGUUGGGCGCCCCCCAUCAUAUUGUCCACGUUCUAGAUGUCCAGUCCUGGGCGUGCGGGGGUGUUGGAGUCCCACAUCGGCGGGUAAAGGGUCCUUGGGCUCCUUUAUAAGGCUUGGGCAAUCCUCCUCCUCUUGAGCUAGCUUUUGGGGUGUGAGUUAGGCCCAAUACCGAUUCUUACAUGGUAUCGGAGCCACUUUAAGAGCAGCCACUUCUGGCAUUCACCUGCUUAGCUUCCAAGUCACUUUCAGCUUUAAAUUCCUUCUCCAACGAGUUGCACUGCUCAACCGCUGGAUCUUCAGAGACUGAUCUUUGGUCAUCUUUAUUUUGAUCAUUCUGAUGAUCUUGAAGUUUCUCACCUUCUUUACCACUUUCUUCAAGAGCUUGGUGACCAGAUUCUGCUGAGUUUAUUGAAGAGUUUGUCUUCCUUCUUCUUUUCUUAGAAGGUUUCUCUGACUUGGGCUCUGACUUUGUAAAAUUUUUUUCCUGCAAAAUUCUGGUUCAGUACUGAUCUGAAAAACAAAAUAAAUUCUACCAGAUCUGCAGUCAUCAAGAGAAGCCUUGAUCUUCUCCUUCCCUUAUUCGAGUUCUUUUAACCAACCUUUUUCUUGGUAUUUCAUUUUGCUGUCAAAGCCAUAAUGGCAGAGAAAGACGAUUCCAUUGCUUGUCUUACCAGAUCUUCACCCUCCUGCCAAUGGAUAUUGGAAUCUGGUGCAUCUGACCAUAUCUCUGGUAAUCAGAAUCUUUUCUCAAAUCUUAUUCAUUCCACAACUCUCACCGCGGUUACCUUGCUAAUGGAUCCCGAACUGCAGUAAAAAGAAUAGGGAAUGUGCAACUUCUUCCCUCUAUUUCCUUAAACUCUGUUUUAUUUGAUCCUGAAUGUCCAUUUAAUUUGAUUUCUGUUAGCAAAUUAACCAAACAACUGAACUGUAGUGUCACUUUUUUGGCUGAAUCUGUUGUUGUACAGGACCGGAGAACGGGGAAGACAAUUGGAACGGGAUAUGAGUCACAUGGACUGUAUCACAUGUCAAAAUUACCACCACCAGUUGCCUUCACUUCUGCAGCCUCAACUGAUCUUCUCCACAACCGUUUUGGUUUCCCGAGUCUAGCAAAGCUUCAAAAAUUAAUUAAUGUUCAUGUCAUCUAAGGGAAUCACUCAUCAGACUUCUUGUGCAUAUACUCCUCAACAAAAUGGUGUCGCCGAACGUAAAAAUAGACAUCUCAUUGAGACAGCUCAAACUUUACUCAUACACAAUCACGUUCCUCUUCAUUUUUGGGGGAUGCUGUUCUCACUGCUUGUUGUUUGAUAAAUAGAAUGCCCUCCACUGUGUUACAACAACAAAGUCCUUACUCAGUUCUCUUUCCUGGUCAAAAUUCUUAUCAUCUACCUUUGAGAGUGUUUGGAUGUACAUGCUUUAUCCAUGAUCAAAAUACUAGAAAUGACAAACUCCAACCGAAAUAAAUUAAGUGUGUCUUUCUAGGAUACUCUCGUCACCAAAAAGGUUACAAGUGCUAUGAUCCAAAAUCAAAUAAAUAUUUUAUCAAUGCAAAUGUGACAAGUUUUGAAACAUCUCUUAUUUUACACCAAGCACUACAAGCAGAAGCUUAAUGCCUCACGUUUUGCCAGUACCCAUACUACCUCUACAACAAAUAAGUCUUCUAGACAACCCCCAAACCGCCCCUUCCCGUCCUCUUCAAGUAUACAUCCGACGUGCUCAUCCUCUUAACAAUACUAAUGAUAGUACUACUUUUAUUCCAGAUGCACUGGUAGCUCCUGAUGACUCAUCUCAUGCUCCUUCCUCACCUGCUCCAGUCAUACCUUCAUCAGAUGCAGUGACCCCACCAAUCACCAUACGCAAAGGUAUACACACUACUCGAAAUAAACAACCAGAGAGAUAUAACUAUUUAAGUUAUCAUCGGUUGUUCCCAUUGUAUUAUACCUUUGUAUCUACCCUAUCUAAUGUACCUAUACCAAAGGAUGUUAACGAAGCAUUACAACAUCCCGGGUGGAGAGAUGCUAUGAUUGAAUAAAUGAAUGCUUUACAAACCAAUAACACCUGGGAAUUGGUCUUCUUACCGAAGGGGAAAUCUACUGUUAGAAGUUGAUGGAUCUACAUAGUAAAGGUGGGUUCAGAUGGAACAGUUGAUCGGCUGAAAGCUCGCCUUGUUGCCAAAGGAUACACCCAGAUUUAUGGUCUUGACUAUGGUGACACGUUUUCUUCAGUUGCCAAAAUUGCAUCUGUCUGACUGCUAUCCUUGGCAGCAAUUCAUCAUUGGCCGCUUCAUCAACUAGACAUUAAGAAUGCCUUUUUGCAUGUCGAACUUGCUGAGGAAGUUUAUAUGGAACAACCUCCUGGAUUCGUUGCUUAGGGGGAGUCAGACUUAGUUUGCCAUCUCAAACGCUCUUUAUAUGGCCUCAAGCAAUCUCCGAGAGCAUGGUUUGGCAGAUUUAGUUCCAUUGUCCCGCAGUUCGGGAUGUCUCAAAGUAAAGCAGAUCACUCUGUUUUCUAUCGACAUAAUGGUCCAGCAAAGAACAUUUUUCUGGUCGUUUAUGUUGACGACAUUGUCAUAACUGGAAAUGAUCCAGAAGGAAUAUCUCAGCUAAAACAACAUUUGUUCAGUUACUUUCAAAACAAAAAUUGGGGGAAGUUAAAGUAUUUUUUGGGAAUUGAGGUAGCACAAUCCAAAACAAGUAUUGCCAUCUCACAAAGAAAAUAUGCUUUGGACAUAUUAGAGGAGUCAUGCAUGUUAAAUUGUAAACCAAGUGACACUCCUAUAGAUCCAAACAUCAAACUCGUUCCUAGACAGGGGAUCCAUUGAAAGAUCCUGGUAGAUAUAGAAGACUGAUCGGUAAAUUGAACUAUAUCACUAUUACACGCCCGGAUAUUUCAUUUGCAGUAAGUGUGGUUAGUGAGUUUCUCCAAGCUCCAUGUAAAGAUCAUUGGGAUGCAGUGAUUCGCAUCCUUAGAUACAUCAAAAAAUCUCCAGGACAAGGAUUGUUAUAUGAAGACAAAGGCCACACAGACAUUGUUGGAUAUUCUGAUACGGAUUGGGCAUGUUCUCCAUCUGAUAGACGCUCCACUUCUGGGUAUUGUGUCAUGAUUGGAGGCAGUUUAAUUUUCUGGAAAAGUAAGAAGCAAGAUGUUGUUGCCAGAUCUAGUGCAGAAGCUGAAUAUCGAGCUAUGGCCCUUGCUACAUGUGAGCUUAUUUGGCUGAAAUAACUUCUCCAAGAGUUAAAAUGUGUUGAAUUCAAUCAAAUGAAGCUUAUAUGUGACAAUCAGGCUGCGCUACAUAUUGCCUCAAAUCCAGUUUUCCAUGAAAGAACAAAACAUAUAGAGGUGGAUUGUCAUUUUAUUAGGAAGAAGAUUGAGUCUGGGUGCAUUGCCACCAGCUUCGUCGGUUCAAAUGACCAAUUGGCAGAUAUUCUUACUAAAUCCCUUAGAGGAGUUUGGAUUGAAUACAUUUGCGGCAAGCUCGGAGCAUAUGACAUGUAUGUUCCAGCUUGAGGGGGAGUGUCAAGAUCUGGUGGUAUUUUUUCAAGAUAAGAGUUGCUAAUGCAUCAAAUUGGACAAAGGUGAUUGUUAUGUUGGAAGCUGAAGGAACGGAUCCUACAGGCUUUUAUUAGGGAGUAUGCUACUAAAGGCGAUGCUGGAAAUGGUAAUCUUUUAGCAGCGCUCGCUGAAGCUGGAUUCCUUAUUGGAGUAGAAAAGAACAGUGAUGUGAUUGUAAUGACACCCCUAUUCGUUAACAACAACGACUGGGGGUGGACACCGCCAAAUGCAAUUGUUUUCACUUAUACACAGGUCUAUGGAAUUCCUAGUUAUUGGAUGCGGCACCUCUUCAAAGAGUCAAACGGCGCAACUCUUCUAAAUUCAACACUCCAAGCUAAUCCUUCGAAUCCACUUAUAGCAUCUGCCAUCACCUGGCGAAAUGAAACUGAUAACGACAAGUAUUUAAGAAUGAAGGUUGUGAACUUCGGUAACAGCACAGUCACUCUUAAUAUCUCCAUCGGUGGAUUGGAAAACUCAUUGCAGUCCUUUGGGGCAGCAAAAACUAUAAUAACAUCUAGCAAUGUGAUGGACGAGAAUUCUUUCGCAGAUCCUAAAAAGAUUGCACCAGUUAAGACAAUGCUUGAUAAAGUUUGUGAAAACACGGAUGUUGUACUCUUACCUUAUUCUAUCACUUCAAUUGACUUGUUAAGAAAAUCCAUCAGCAUUAAGACUGUAAAUGUAAACAACUGAUUCUGAAACUAUGUUAUCAUUGAAAAAGCGAAUUAUCAAUAAUAUCUCUUUCGUUUA